CUCAUGCAAAAGGAAUAUUUUCAGAAAUCUCCUUUUGACCUGAAAUACGUAGUAAGAUGGAUAAAACUGUUGAGCUACCUGCAGCUCCUACUGUUUCACUUGCUUCAUCAAGGGUCUUCACCUUUGACAAAUAUGCACCUCUUCCGGAUACCUGUAAUUCAGCCCCCGUCAUUGGAUAUCAUAGUGCAUCAUCGAAAAAAAAUAAUAAGAACACAGACGAGUUGCCGUUCGUGGUGACUCGCAAGCUUGCUGGUCCCUUGCCAUGGCAGUCAGAGUAUCCAUGUUCAUCUCCAUGCUGCAGUGCUCUCAUACCUAGAAGUUCAUUGAUGUAUCCAAGCCGUACACGCUGCACUGAAUCUCAGCUAUAUGCUGAUAAUCGCUCUUACCUGGGUAACUUGCUGCAGUGCGUGCCUUCCCAAAAUGGUGAUGUCAGGUUAUUUCAAGCUGUGAAUACCAAUGAAGGAUCUGUGGUGGUGCUUCAUGAACUGCCAUGUCUUCUUGAAGAGCAGACAAAGCUUAUUGGGCCAAAACUUUCUUUUAGAAAAGACAAUGCAAUUCAUGAUAUGCAGUGCGCUGAAGUAAGGAACGAAACUCUGCUGCUAACAAGAGCCCAAAAAUUUGUUGACUUGCACAAAGUUUGUGAUGACCAACUAGAAUUCUGUAAUAUUAAAAUAGAGUCGGAUGUUAGUUUAACCAGCGCCUGUCUAAGCCAGAAAUAUGGAGAUAAAUGGUUACAAACCGACGUUAGUCAACGAAUCAGCUUGUAUGAUAGUCAAAGAAUGCAGCCAUGCAUAUGGUCAUCGAUGAUUCCUGACAACAUUAAUAGAGGUCUGGACGGUAAAUGGUGUUCAGCGGUAUUUGCAUAUGAAGAUAACAUUGCUAUCGCCACUAACAAGACUAGCAUUUAUUCCUGUGACUUUAGGAAGCAGAAAUGUGACCGUUUAUUCGAUUUGUACCGUAGUACAAACAAGAAGAACAUUGACGAAAUCUGCAACUUGAAACAUUCGUCGAGUAGUCCAUACAUGUUUGUCGUCACGUGUGACGAACUCAUUCUUUUGGACGAGAGAAAUUCCCGUGUACCCGUGAUGAAGUACAAUCACAUGCUCCUCGGGAGACCUGCUCGUUCCGUUCUGCAAACUAUGCACAACAUUGACAUUAUGAUGUUGGCAAACAAUCUCGAGAAGAGAGUUGCCUUUGCUUCGGUUGAAGGCCUAGAUAUUUUGAGGGAGACUCCUGACAAUUAUAUUAAAUCUCCUUCUUUAAUAUAUCACAGUGAUUUUGCAACUCCAGUUAAAAAUUAUGCACACAAGAAAGGGUUGUGGUUUGACCAUAGGGUUUCAGAUACUCUUCUUAACUUUGACAAUGCUGGUCUUGGAUCGGCUUGCUCAAGCGACGGCAAAAGCUUCACAGUCUUCCUGUCCAGCAAAGCAGGUGAUGUUUUUUCACAAAAGUUCAGUCUUAUUGACAGCGAUUCUGCCACGGCAACUCUAACAAACACUAGUUCUCUAGUUCGCCGCCUGAAAGACUACGAGAAAACUACAAUAAAGCUUGACGAUUUGUUUGCCCCUAAUAAAUCAAGUCGUAAAUUUGUCGGCAAUGUCAUUACCAGUACAUCUGGUGGAAGCCAGCAUUUAGAUUCCGUUCCGGUGUGGGACGUAACUAAUUUCGUUGAGAGCUACAGGAACAGCGACGCACCCAGAAAGACCUCAAAUGAAGAUCGUGUUUUUAAGUGGAUUGAUGAACUUACUUUUAACUACAAAAUUGAUACAGAAUUUAUGCGCUCAUCAUCUGAAAAUCAAGCGGACGAUAAAAUAUCGAAGUACUUCCAUGCAAACACUGUAGAGCGUAUGAGCCACAAAUGGAUUUCAUCUCGCAAAGACAUGGUUGCCUUGCGGGUAUUGGAAUAUUGGCCUUUACCUGACCCCAAUGAAGCCUCUGAAUUAAAUCUAGAUGCAUUUGCACCGGACAACAAAGUCCAAUACUAUCGCUCCGUUCCUUACAGCAAAAAAUUUGGCGUGUCAGAAUACACGAAUAAAGUCAAAUCUCGUUCAUCAGAUGGAGGUUCGAGUAGCCGAAGUUCUGGCACUAGUUUAUCUAAAAAUUCAGAUCGACCAUCUAAACGCACCGUUAAAUCUGGUGUUAGCCAAGAGCUUCUAGACGCUACGGCUGCCUUGGAGGCUCCCAGAACUCCGUAUCUUUCGACACUUCCCAGUCAUCCAAGGACGCCGUUUACAACACAUGUUCCUCAAAACUUCCAAGAUCUGACAAAUAUUACUCAAAGUCAACUGGGUGCAAGACAAGAUAGUCAGUCAUGCACUCCUAGUAUCGCGAAUAUGCCACAAAUAAUUCAAUUGAGAACACCAUAUUCUGCAAGCGUUGCAGAGCGGAGUACGCAAAGUCAACAGAGUACGCACUCUGCUAGUCAACGGAGUACGCAAAGUUCAGCCGGUUUAUCGACGCCAUACGCUUCUAUUUUGGGCGUGCGUCCUUCUGCUCCUUCUACAGGUCGGCUCAAGAAGAGACCAAGAAACGCAGGAUUCUAGUGUCUGAUAUUUAAUUUAUUCUUUCAAAACAUGAUACUUUUUGAUGACCUCUUGCCAUGAAAAAUAAGCUGCUAAUCUGGUUAGAUAAUCAACGCUUUGAAAAGUUACCUUGCGAUGAAGUUCAUUAAAUAUUUGAACUGAAAGAAGGAUGGCACACUAUGAGAUGCUGAAAUUGUGACACUUCAUGCUUUUUCGACACUACGUAAGCUUUUUGCGGAGGAUUUUAUUUAUACUUAUUCCA